AUGGCAUACGUCCCGCCACACAGAUCAAGAGGAGAUUACGUUCCAAGAGACACGGGAAAUUCGUCCAGCAGAGGCGGUUUCUCAGGAAGAGGAGGAUUUUCAUCGAGAGGAGGCUUCAAUAGAGGCUCAGGAGGAGGAAACAGAGCAUUUGGAGGCUCAGGUUUCGGCAGAGGCAACGAUUCCCACAGAGGAGGUAGAGGAGGACACGGUUCUAGAUUCCAACCAGGUCUGGGUUCGUGGACUGACGGUGAACACAAGCCAGCAGAACACAAUGAGAGGCUUGAGUUGGAACUUUAUGGCAAGCCAGGUGACGCGCAAUUCCAAUCUUCCGGUAUCAACUUCGACAACUACGAUGAGAUCCCAGUUGAGGCUUCUGGAGAGGAUGUUCCUGAGCCAAUUUCCGAGUUCACUUCGCCUCCAUUGGAUCCACUGUUAGUUGAAAAUAUCAAGCUGGCAAGAUUCAACAAGCCAACCCCAGUUCAAAAAUAUUCCGUUCCUAUUGUGGCAAAUGGUAGAGAUUUGAUGGCCUGUGCUCAGACCGGUUCCGGUAAGACUGGUGGAUUCUUGUUCCCUGUCUUGUCCGAGUCUUACAAACACGGUCCUGUGCAAAACUCUCAAGCAGAGAACACCUUCGAUAGAAGAAAGGCUCAUCCAACCGCCUUGGUUCUUGCCCCAACAAGAGAGUUGGUCUCUCAAAUUUACGAGGAGGCCAGAAAAUUCGCCUACAGAUCCUGGGUCAGACCAGUUGUUGUUUACGGUGGUUCCGAGGUGUACGCCCAGAUGGAACAACUUAAACAAGGUUGUGAUCUUUUAGUCGCCACUCCAGGAAGAUUGAACGAUCUUUUGGAGAGAGGCAAAAUAUCUCUCAAAAACAUCAAAUAUCUUGUUCUCGAUGAGGCCGACAGAAUGUUGGACAUGGGAUUCGAGAUCCAGAUCAGAAACAUCAUCCAAGGUUGUGACAUGCCACCUCCAGCUGAAAGACAAACAUUGAUGUUCUCUGCCACCUUCCCUAAGGAAAUUCAAAUGAUGGCCAAGGACUUUUUGCACAACUAUAUCUUCUUGUCGGUGGGUAGAGUUGGAUCUACUUCCGAGAACAUCACUCAGAGAAUUCUCUACGUUGAAGAUGACGAAAAGAAGUCUAGUUUGCUUGAUAUCCUCACAGCUACUGAAGAAACUAUGUCCAACGGACUGACUCUGAUUUUCGUCGAAACCAAGAAGAUGGCUGACAUCUUGUCUGACUUCUUGAUCAACCAGGACUUCCCUGCUACCUCGAUUCACGGUGACAGAUCCCAAUACGAGAGAGAGAGAGCUUUGGAGAGCUUCAGAAGCGGAAGAACGCCGAUUUUGGUUGCCACUGCUGUUGCUGCCAGAGGUUUGGACAUUCCAAACGUGACCCACGUCAUCAAUUACGAUUUGCCAAAUGACAUUGACGACUACGUUCACCGUAUUGGUAGAACUGGAAGAGCAGGAAACACUGGUGUUGCUACUGCAUUCGUCAACAGAGGUAACAAGAAUGUUGUGAAGGAUCUUAUUGAGAUCUUGAGCGAGGCCAACCAAGAGGUUCCAGACUUCUUGACUGUCAUUGCCAGAGAGAACUCUAUGGGCAGAGGCCGUGGAAGAGGUGGAAGAAACCAAACCAGAGACUUCAGAAAGUACGGCGGCGGAGGAAGCUCCGGUGGCUACGGUAACGGUUACGGAGGCAGAUCAAAUUACGGAGGGGGAUACAACAACAGUUAUGGAAGCGGAGGAGGAUACAACAACUACGGUAGCUCCGCUGCAUCGGCAUCAUCUUCAUCAUCUCAAUGGUGGUAA